CUCCUCCUGCAAUGUAAAAUUGUUUUUGGGCUGAGGAUGGUGCACCCUUUCAUGAAGUUUGCAAGGAAAAAUCAUCAGAAGGCAGCGUUCCAACAACACUGCUGGCUCUGGGAUACGCUCACUUCCUCAGUAUAGAGUCACUCUCUCUGUCUUGUAAUCUCGCGUUACUGGUUUCCUCAUCUGCCCUCCCUCCAAUUGACAGGCGAGUGUAUGCAAACCAAUUCCAGGAUUUUCACUUCAACAUGGCUACUACCGCAACGUGUACCAGGUUCAGCGACGACUACCAGCUGUAUGAAGAGCUAGGAAAGGGUGCCUUCUCCGUUGUUCGCAGAUGUGUCAAAUUGUCCACGGGGCAGGAAUUUGCUGCAAAGAUAAUUAACACAAAGAAGCUAUCAGCUAGAGAUCACCAGAAACUUGAGCGUGAAGCAAGAAUCUGUAGGCUGCUGAAGCAUCCCAAUAUCGUUCGCCUCCAUGACAGCAUAUCAGAAGAAGGGUUUCACUACCUCAUUUUUGACCUGGUCACUGGUGGAGAACUCUUUGAAGAUAUUGUCGCCAGGGAGUACUACAGUGAGGCAGAUGCAAGUCAAUGCAUUCAUCAGAUUCUAGAGAGUGUUAGUCACAUUCACCAACAUGACAUAGUGCACAGAGAUCUCAAGCCAGAGAACCUGCUACUUGCCAGUAAAUGUAAAAAUGCAGCGGUGAAGUUGGCCGAUUUCGGACUGGCAAUCGAAGUCCAGGGAGACCAGCAGGCAUGGUUCGGGUUCGCAGGUACUCCUGGAUAUCUGUCCCCAGAGGUUUUGAGAAAAGAUCCAUAUGGAAAGCCAGUUGACAUCUGGGCAUGCGGCGUCAUUCUCUACAUAUUAUUAGUUGGCUAUCCUCCCUUUUGGGAUGAGGACCAGCAUAAGCUUUAUCAACAAAUUAAGGCCGGCGCUUAUGAUUUUCCCUCUCCAGAGUGGGACACUGUCACCCCAGAAGCCAAAAAUCUGAUCAAUCAGAUGCUGACUAUCAAUCCAGCCAAAAGGAUAACUGCAACAGAGGCCCUGAAACACCCAUGGGUUUGCCAACGUUCUACUGUAGCAUCAAUGAUGCAUCGUCAAGAAACUGUCGAAUGUUUGAGGAAGUUCAAUGCCAGAAGAAAGCUGAAGGGUGCCAUUCUGACCACAAUGCUCGCUACAAGAAACUUUUCAGCAGCAAAGAAUUUACUGAAUAAGAAAACAGAUGGUGUCAAGCCACAGACAAACAACAGCAAAAACAACAUAGUCAGCGCCCCAAAGGAAAACACAUCUUCACCAACCGCAAUGGAGCCACAGACAACAGUAGUCCAUAAUCCCACAGAUGGCAUUAAGGGGUCAACAGAGAGCUGCAACACAACCACUGAAGAUGAGGAGGGGAAAGCACGCAAGCAGGAUAUCAUCAAGAUCACGGAACAGCUCAUCGAAGCAAUCAACAAUGGAGAUUUUGAAGCUUACACGAAAAUCUGUGACCCAGGUCUGACCUCAUUUGAACCUGAAGCCCUUGGGAACCUUGUGGAGGGGAUGGAUUUUCACAAGUUUUAUUUUGAGAAUUUGUUGUCCAAGAACAGUAAGCCAAUCCACACUACGAUCCUGAACCCUCACGUCCAUCUGAUCGGGGAGGAUGCUGCCUGCAUUGCCUACAUCCGGCUAACGCAGUACAUUGACAGUCAGGGCAGGCCAAGGACCACGCAAUCUGAGGAAACCCGCGUCUGGCAUCGUCGUGAGGGCAAGUGGCAGAACAUACACUUCCACUGCUCAGGAGCUCCUGCUGCUCCACUUCAGUGAAUACGUUCUGCAGCUUGGAGGUGCUGGAGUAGACUUCUCGUCUAAGUAAUGGACUGGAGCCGAUCACUGUCGUGGUGAACUCUUGAAAAACAGCAGCGCCAUGCGCCAAUCUGCAUGUGUAUGAUGCUGUGGUGGCUGCCUAUUUGUUGUUUUCAUGGAUCCAUCGUGUUUGUUUCUGCUGUAUGGGGGUGUACAGAUAAAAUGGCUGCUGUAAUGUGUACCUACUUACCUGUUCGAUGGCAGUGGUUCAAACGAAGUAGAUUCGGAACCUGUUACUUGCCAAAGUACAGACAUCCAUAAUUUGAAAAUAAAGUAACUUAAAAGUCACAAAACUAACAGCUGGUGUAGUGCUCAGAGAUCUCUCUUUUUUUAUAACUUAAAAAAAAAGAAAGUAUACCAUUCUUGUCGAGAUUUAAUCAAGGUUAACUCUGAUCAGUAACUGUCACUAUGAGAGUAACAUUGUUAUAGCAGGUUCAAGUCAAAAUGUCAGAAGGGUACUCAUGCAUAUUGUAAGUCCUUCUGCCACUGAGGGUUAAAGAUGAUGAUUGUUAAGUCAAGGACCCUCCUGCAGUGUGUUAAGCAACAUUUGUUGAAGGCCAAGUCAUCGCUGUUCUGUGAAACUGAAACUUAAAAAAAAUUAAUAAUAAUAUUUCUAGUCAAUUGUAUUUUUUUUCUCUCUCCUAACAGCCUGUUGCAAAGUAAAGCUGUGAUUUCAUUUCUUAAAAUGGAACACACAGAAAACAAAGAAGUAUUUUUUUCUCAUCUGUUAACUUUUCUCCCAGUGUUCUCUGCAGCAGAAUUAAUAUGAAUGUAUAAUAUUGAAGUUCUUGUCGUGGCCUAAGUGCAGUAAAUUUAUCUUUGGUUUAAAAGAUGGUGAGUCAUUUGCAUACAGAAUUUUGCAGUAUAUUGUAAUCUAGUUACUGAUCACGACCAUUAGAGCUGCCUGCAGGUUAUACUCUGCCUUAUGUCACCGAGGUAUAGUGUCAAUGUAUAGCGAGGUAACAGUAUCCUAUUCGGAGUAUAAGAUCAAUCAUGAGGCCCAGGGUGUUUACACUAAUAGGCACCACUGCGCCAACUGGGAGGGGGCUGGCCACCUUGGGAGAAAAUGGUCACACAUUAAAAAUAUAUAUGCAGUUUUACAGAGGUUAUGCAUGUAUUGUUUAUGGUCAAUAUUUUCACUGUAUGUGUUUACUUGACAGAAAAUAAUGAUGUACCUAGUUCUGCAUCUUUAACAAUCUUGCACAGUCUGGACAGUAUGUACUACAUAAUUUAAGCCUGAGCUUGAUAUGAUAAAAUUCCUGUUUAAAAGAGGCAACGUAAAUUAAUUGCAUUGUUACUGUAUCUUAUGGGGCUAAUAUCUUAUAGUUUUAAAUAAGGCAAUUGAUGCAGGAUUUUGCAUGAUAUUAAAAAAAAUCCAGUGUUUGUUUGUUAUGAAUGUUGGUAGAUCUUCAUAGCUUUGUUACUAUAGGACUUGAUCUUUAAAGAAAAGUAUUUAAUAAAAAAGAGAACCGAUGCAUCUUGUUUUAACCGCUGCAGUCGAUGGAUGUUUACCUUAAACCUGCUUAAAUUUGUCUGGCAAAAAAAAAAUUGUCAAUUAGUAAGGAGCAUUCUUAAAACUUUUAAGAGUACGCGGUAUUCAGUGUUUUCAGUUACUUCACUAAAAAAGAGAGUCCAAAAUAUGUGAAACUCAAUGUAGUUUUCCUUACUCAAACGUCUCACCAGAACCAGUCACAGUCUCUGCAGCUUCCAAUUGCAAACCAUAUGCUUUGCAUUACUUCAAGAUUGGCCAGUGUCAAGGUGAUUCAAUAGGACAGGUUAGCAGGGUUUUAGCCUCCUGGUAGAACAGAUCAAGUCAGAUACUAUUUGGGGUUGUCCUUGUUGGGACUAUUAUGUUACAUUUUGGAAGCCAUUCUGCCAUUUUGCUUCAUCUCGUAGUUCAUCUACACUUUGAAUGAUUGCGAAAUAAAACUAGUCUUGCAUUCAGAAGUCACGUCAUUUGCACCUCUCUCAGGGUGGGCUGAGUAAGAGGGAAAGCCACAGGCACAAUCAGAAACACUCAUCUGUUCCAGUUGCACUGAACAGUGAUUUAAGCACAAAGACCAAAUCCCCAGCAUUUGCCCAUUUUUAGCUAGCAACGGUAGCCCCGUGCUCCUGAGAGCAUACCUGAAUCAGUCUCGCCAAGUUUCACUCAUUUUGAGACUCAAUACUUUUAGUUACCUAAAUGUAACCUGUUUCUGUGUGUCUCGCACUUUUAAAAUAAUAAACACAGUUCUGUGGA